GUCGUGUGUCGUCUGCCUAGUCUGAUGUCUUUGUCUUGUAUAUUUACUGGAUUAUAACCUAAGAUGGUCAACCGGAUGCCGUUUUGUCACAAACUCUCAAAGUUAUUUCAACCAACAACUGUUGUACCAAGAGGAGCUGAAGUGAAGAAGAAUGAUUUGCUUCCUAAAAGCCUAAAAUUGAUGAUGGACCGAGGCAUCAUAGCUCACAGUCACACGGGACUUUUCUACAUGCUGCCUCUGGGAGUCAAGGCUUUAGACAAACUAACGAGACUGGUGGAAAACAGUUUGAAUAACAUUGGAGCCCAGAAGAUUAUCUGUCCAACGUUGACGCCUUCGGAACUUUGGCAAAAGACAGAUAGACUGGCAGCUGUGGGACCUGAAAUACUUCAUGUUAAGGAUCGACAUGGGAGAAACUUUAUUCUCAGUCCUACUCAUGAAGAGAGCGUAGCAGCUCUACUAGCUUCGGCUCCCGGCUUUUCUCACAAACGUCUUCCGCUGCUUGUCUACCAAACGACUGCAAAGUUCCGAGACGAGAUGAGGCCACGAUACGGUCUCAUUCGUGCGCGAGAGUUUGUUAUGAAUGACCUCUACAGCUUUGACACUAGCGAAGAAACCGCCAAAGCCUCAUAUCAGCUGGUUUCCCAGGCUUAUGAGCAGAUACUCGAGACUAUUGGAGUGCAAUAUUUGAAAGUGGUCGGAGUGAGUGGUAUCAUGGGCGGAGAGACGUCCCACGAGUUUCAUUACCCAGCAGACAUUGGUGACGAUGAACUCGCAGUGUGUGGCGAAUGUAGUCACAGCUGGAACUGUGAGAGUGGCAAAACAAACUGUGACAAAUGUGGCAGCCAUAAUGUUACACAAACCAAGGGCAUUGAGGUUGGCCACACAUUCCUACUGGGCACCAAGUACUCGGCUGCCCUACAAGCCAAGUACGUGACUGGUACGGCUGGGGACUCUGCCCCGCUGGUCAUGGGGAGUUACGGCCUCGGUCUCUCUCGCCUGGUGGCUGCUGCUUUGGAGGUGAUGAGUGGCGAGGAUCACCUGAGAUGGCCUGCUGUCCUCGCACCGUACACUCUUUGCAUCGUACCUCCAAAGGAUGGAAGUAAAGAGAGCAUGGCUACAGGAAGAUUAGCAGAAGAGAUCUACUGGAUUCUACAGGAAGUUGCAGAGUUGAAGGACAAUGUUGUCAUUGACGAUCGUUGUCACAUGACGAUCGGUCGGAGAGUGGAAGACGCCCGACGGACAGGCUACCCUCAAGUGCUGGUGGUUGGGAAAGCAGCUGCUCAAUCAGACCCACGUGUGGAGUUAAUAAACACGUACAGUGGACAGUCCAGUCUACACGCACCAUCUGAUCUUAUUCCUGUCAUCGUAGACUCGUGUCAAAAAGCCAGAGCCUGUGUUUACCAAUAAAUAUUUCUGU